AGUUUUUGUAGGUGCAUCUCUUUCCAUACAUUUAAAUAAUAUAUAUACAGAUAGAUAGAUAAACAGAGACAGUAUAAGAGUGAGCUGACCUUUUUAAUAAAUUUGGCGAUAUUUGCUAGCCAUUAAUUCUUGCUUACUCCAAAUAUAGAGACCACAAUCUUCUCCAGCAAACUUCUUGCCGAAGUUCCGGUUUGUCUGAAGACUAUGAAACCCGACACCGCAACUAAGAUUUUCCGGGCCCUCUUGGCUGCAGGUAGAAAACCCAGAUUAUUUUCCACAGAACAGUAUAAAUCGGUACCCACAGAAACGACGGACGCGGUGGUGAUAGGCGCCGGGGUGGUGGGGAUAGCGGUGGCGCGUGAGCUUGCCAUGAAACUCGCCAGAGAAGUAUUAGUGAUAGAAUCGGCGGCCACUUUCGGGACAGGCUCGAGUUCUCGCAACAGUGAAGUCAUUCAUGCUGGCAUUUAUUACCCUCGCAAUUCUCUCAAGGCAGCCUUCUGUGUUAGAGGGAGGCAAUUGCUGUAUAAAUAUUGUGAAGAACAUCAUAUUCCACAUAAACAGAUUGGCAAGCUCAUAGUAGCCACUGGAUCUUCAGAAAUUUCCAAGUUGGAUUUGCUGAUGACCCGAGGAAUUGAAAAUGGAGUGGAAGGCCUAAGGAUGAUGGAUGGUCAUGAAGCUACACGAAUGGAACCGGAGUUGCAGUGCCUGAAAGCUCUACUAUCCCCUGCUUCAGGGAUAGUUGAUAGCCAUUCAUUUAUGCUAUCGCUGCUGGGGGAAGCUGAGAACCAUGGAGCAACUUUCUCUUACAAUACUACUGUAACUGGUGGUAAAUACGAUGGCGACCGUGUCAAGCUUUACAUUUCUGACAGCCAGGCUCUUAGGAACUGGGAUUGGAAGUCUCCAUUGAAACCAGAUCUAAUUCUUAGUCCCAGAAUUCUUGUGAAUUCUGCAGGCCUGGGUGCCCUGGCUCUUUCUAAGCGAAUCCAUGGCCUAGAUAAUGGAAUUAUUCCGAGACCCUACUUUGCCCGUGGUUGCUAUUUUACAUUAUCAAAUGUUAGAUCGCCUCCCUUCCAACAUUUGAUUUAUCCUAUACCUGAAGAUGGUGGCCUCGGAGUGCAUGUUACCUUGGAUUUAAAUGGCCAAGUCAGAUUCGGUCCUGAUGUUGAAUGGAUCGAUGGUGUGGAUGACAUUUCAAGCUUCCUCAACUUGUUUGAUUAUUCUGUGCCUGGAGAUCGCGCAAACCGGUUUUAUCCUGAAAUAAGGAAGUACUACCCAUACCUUAAGGAUGGAUCAUUGGAGCCUGGCUAUGCUGGUAUUCGACCGAAACUUUCUGGGGCAAAGCAGGGUCCAAUUGAUUUUGUAAUACAGGGAGAGGAGAUUCAUGGCAUACCAGGCCUCAUAAACCUUUUUGGUAUUGAAUCACCUGGCCUAACUUCAUGUCUCGCCAUAGCAGAGCAUGUUGCUGCCAGAUUAUCAAGAUGAUUCUCUUUUCAUUUUAAAUUUCAAUAAAUCAUCAAGAUAAUUCAUUUUGGGAGUAUGCAAAGAGCAUCGGAUGUUGAUAGACUGUUAUGAGUUCUGCAGGUUACUUAAAAUCAAGGCUGCACCGCUGAAUUUAUAGAAUGUAGAUCCUUGUUUAAUUCUCAGUACAAACAGCUAUACAGCUCUGAAGUAUGAUCCAUACUGUCGCAAGCAAUG